UGCGGUGUGGGUGUGGUCUGCAUACAGGAGCAGGGCGAGGCUCAAGACUUAAAGCGCGUCUCCUGUUUCAGAGUCUGUGUGAUCAGCAGCGCUCAGGUGAACUCAGGUUGCAGAAGAGCAGAAUGGACCUCUCAGACGCUCUUGAUGGUGGCACCACCCAGUCAGCAGCAGGAGGAGGUCUCUGGCCCGGUGGUGGAAACAACCAAGCAGGAGGAGGUCUCUGGCCCGGACAGCCCAAUGCACCCGCGUGGCCAGGUCAGCCCAACCAGCCCACCUGGCCCGGAGGUUCCACUGCUCCAGCCUGGCCUGGAGGUCAGCCUGCUAACCCUACCUGGCCCCAAGGCCCCAGCCAGCCCAGCGGACCUUGGGGUCCAGGUCCAGGCCCUUCACCCGGACCUGGACCCACUCCUCCUGUUGCACCCCAGCAGAAUCUGACGGUUCCCUUCAAUAUGCCUCUGCCUCAAGGAGUGUACGACAAGCUGCUGAUCACCAUCGCUGGAACUAUCAAACCCAAUGCUGACAAGAUCACGGUGGACCUGGCCACAGCUCGUGACAUCGCCUUCCACUUCAACCCUCGCUUCAACGAGGGCGGCAAGAAGGUGAUUAUCAGAAACAGCUGCAUCGGUGAAAAGUGGGGCAAAGAGGAGAGGGAGCUGCAGCACUUCCCGUUUGUGCCGGGGCAGAAUUUUGAGAUCAAGAUCCUGUGCACCAACACGGAGUUAAAGGUAGCUGUCAACAACUCUCACAUGCUGGACUUCAAGCAUCGUAUCACCAACCUGAGAGACAUCAAGAGACUCAGCAUCUACUACGACCUCACGCUGUCCAGGGUCAACUUGGAGAUGUUGCCCUGAGACAGGCUGCUGACCCAGCAGAGAUCAGUCAGGAGGAAAUUAUCAGUGAAUGUUUGAAGGUGAUCAUCAGUAGAUGCUUUGAUUCUUCCACAUGUUUCUGUUCAGGUGUCUAAUGAAUAAAGACUUAAUAUUCUG